UGGACCAGCCAGGUCCUGGGCUUAGUCCCUAAGAUUCACGCCUGCCAUCCCAGUCCCAGGUACGAAACAGGGUCACUACCUCUUUAAAAGCGUCCGGGGCUGAGCCUCUGCCGCACCAUGUGAUUGCUUGAAAGGCCGGGCUGGGAGCGCAGCGGCGGGAGCCUGGAGAACGAUGAGCCGGUGCGCGGUGCACGGAGCCCAGAGCCCAGCCCUGCCCGGCGUGGCUCCGGAAAGCCGCCCCGGGAACUUAGGGCAACGCCUUUGGGACCCCCUACUGGUUGGCGGGCAGGAUGGUGAGCUCCCUGCCUCCGGGUCGGCGGACACCUGUGGGCGCUGCGGAUGCGUAGGGGAUCGCUGUGGAGUGAGUGCGCUGGGAGCCACCUCACACCUGAUACAAAAGCCAGUGGUGGAGUGAGUGUUGCUAUUUUAAGUUGCUGAAUGGAACCUCUGAGGACAAGGGGAGGGGACAGAGGUUAAGCAGAUAGUGAGGCUGAGUGCCUGGCCAGCCUGGGCAGGCACUGCAUCUGCUAACUGGGGCACACAUCUUCGCAGGGCUGCCUAUGUCCCCUCCUUCCCAGGCUGGCAUCCCCACCGCAGGCUUCCUGACCACAGGUGCAGGCCUCGUGCCCCAGGGCACCUGCCUGCUGAUGUGCCCAGCUCCUGCCCACCAUGCCGCCCUACAUCUCGGCCUUCCAGGCUGCCUACAUUGGCAUCGAGGUGCUCAUUGCCUUGGUCUCUGUGCCGGGAAACGUGCUGGUGAUUUGGGCUGUGAAGGUGAACCAGGCACUUCGCGAUGCCACCUUCUAUUUCAUCGUAUCCCUGGCCGUAGCUGAUGUGGCCGUUGGCGCCCUGGUCAUCCCGCUGGCCAUCCUUAUCAACAUUGGGCCACAGACCUACUUCCACACCUGCCUCAUGGUGGCCUGCCCUGUCCUCAUCCUCACCCAGAGCUCCAUCCUGGCUCUGCUGGCGAUUGCUGUGGAUCGGUACCUCCGAGUCAAGAUCCCUCUCCGGUACAAGACAGUGGUGACUCAGCGGCGGGCGGCAGUGGCCAUAGCCGGCUGCUGGAUUCUCUCCCUUGUUGUGGGCCUGACACCCAUGUUCGGCUGGAACAACCUGAGUGUGGUAGAGCAAACCUGGGAACUUAACGGUAGCGUGGGGGAGCCGGUGAUCAAGUGUGAGUUUGAGAAGGUCAUCAGCAUGGAGUACAUGGUCUACUUCAACUUCUUCGUGUGGGUGCUGCCCCCUCUGCUCCUGAUGGUCCUCAUCUACCUGGAGGUCUUCUACCUGAUCCGCAAGCAGCUCAACAGAAAGGUGUCCGCCUCCUCUGGCGACCCACAGAAGUACUACGGGAAGGAGCUGAAGAUCGCCAAGUCGCUGGCUCUUAUCCUCUUCCUCUUUGCCCUCAGCUGGCUGCCACUGCACAUCCUGAACUGUAUCACCCUCUUCUGCCCCACCUGCCAGAAGCCCAGCAUCCUCAUCUACAUCGCCAUCUUCCUCACCCACGGCAACUCCGCCAUGAACCCCAUUGUCUAUGCCUUCCGCAUCCACAAGUUUCGGGUCACCUUUCUGAAGAUUUGGAACGACCAUUUCCGAUGCCAGCCCAAGCCUCCCAUUGACGACGACCUCCCAGAGGAGAAAGCCGAUGACUAGGCUCUGCCCUGCCGCCUCCAGCCCACAUCCCG